UGAAUAGUACGCGUGUCGAAAACAAAGUACGACAAAAGCUAAUAAAGAACCGAGCAUAGGAGAGAGAGAGAGAGAUUAAAUAAAGAACACUUGAGAUCCGGCUCAACAGGAAGCUGAGCUUAGCUCAAUUUUAUUUGUGUGAGAAUGAGGUAUGGCGGUGGAAGAAGGAGGCGAAUGUUGUUACAACCGUUUCUUGUUUUGUGUGCCACGGUGACAGGUGUGGGAUUAUUGAUAAUGGCGUUGAGGCCGUUGGAUCCACCACCCAUAAUGGUUAAUUAUGUAAGAAAUUCCGAGGUCGUAGAGUUUAAUAGCUCUAGUUUGGAUGUGUUUCAUAACUCCAGUUUGGAUAAUAGCUCCGGUUUGGAUGUCGGUGGUGGGCCGAUCGAAGAGAAAACGUGUGCGACGGUGGAAGAGAUGGGGAAGGAUUUUGAAAGUGGUGUUGUUGGGAAAGAAACGCUGAAAGUUAGGAGAAUUAUCGAGGAGCAUUUCGUUUUGAAUGGUGCUUCAAGAGUCAGGGAUUUGCCCCCUGACCAGUUCUGUAAACAUGGAUUUGUUCUUGGAAAGACUGCCGAGGCGGGGUUUGGCAAUGAAAUGUACAAGCUCUUAUCGGCUGCAGCGCUGAGUAUAAUGUUAAACCGGUCCUUGAUCAUUGGCCAAACCAGAAGCAGAUAUCCUUUCGAGGAUUACAUUUCAUAUUCCAGCUUUACCUUUACCAUGAAAGAAAUAAAGCAUCUUUGGAGACUAAAUGGUUGUGAAACCAAUUAUGGGAGGCAACUUGUUAUGAGGACAGAUGAUUUUGAAAAGCCGACUCAAACAAAUGUUCUAUGUAGCAAUUGGAAGGAGUGGAAACAACCUAUCAUUUGGUUUCAAGGAACUAAUGAUGCUAUGGCAGCUCAAUUUUUCUUAAAGAAUAUACACUCUCAGAUGAGGGUUGCUGCCUUUGAUUUAUUUGGUGACCCAGAAGUUCUUCGAUCGCAGCCGAAUGUAUUUGGGGAGCUCAUGAGAGUUCUCAUAUCCCCUUCAAAAGACGUCGAGGCAGCGGUCAAUUGGGUUAUUGGUGGUGGGGAGAAUCCUGAUAUCUCGUUGCAUAUGCGAAUGCUUAUGAAAAGGCCCAUAAGACCUUUGCAGGCUGCAUUGCGUUGCAUCAGAAAAGCCAUAGAGAGUCAAAACCUAAUAUCAAGACCAAAGAUUGUUGUGGUGUCAGAUACACCUUCCCUUAUUAAAAGUAUUGUACCAAACAUAAGUGAAUUCGCAGAGGUUCUCCAUUUUGAUUAUGAAAAGUUCAAAGGAAAAAUGUAUGAAGGUUCGCCCAAGUUAGAUUUCAGAGUGAAGGAUUGGGGUCCGGCACCCAGAUGGGUUGCUUUUGUAGAUUUUUUUCUUGCAUCGCGCGCUAGAUAUGCCGUUGUUUCCGGAGCUCAUAGGCGUGUUGGAACUACCUAUGCUCAGUUAAUGGCUGCACUGGCUGCAGCACACAAUCUAGGGGACAACUCUUCUGGUUCAAGUUUCUCAUUCUUCACCAGUUUCCAGAGCAAUUUACUAACAGACGGAUUAAAGAAUCAAAUUGGUUGGGGACAUGUGUGGAACAGAUAUGCUGGACCAUUGAGUUGUCAUAAUCAAAGCAAUCAAUGUGCAUUCACUCCACUUCUUCCACCAGCUUGGUGGGAUGGAAUUUGGCAAUCACCAAUUCCACGUGAUAUUAAACGUCUUUAUGCCUAUGGAGUUCAACUAUCUGGUCUUGGCAAUGUAGAUACUGAUUCACUUCAAAAUUAUUGUAAUUCAAGGAAAACUGUUGUCAGAACUGUCACAUUCAAUUUGUAGCGUUUGGAAGUGUGAAUGUGUGAUAUUUCACUGUAUUAUUUUUGGUAUAACCUAAUAAUUUUUUAUUCUAGAAUU